GCAGAAAUCUUCCUUCGCCAACAGUUGACAGGUUUCAUUUGUUCGUAGCCUCAGCUACUUGAUUUUCAUAGUUUGUUCUUAAAAAUGGCCCAGCAAGCUGUUAAGACUUUGAGGCAAGUCAAGCCUCUUCUAUCGUUGGAUCAGGGACAAGCCAGAAGCAGGGUUCUGAAUCUGUACAAGGCCUGGUACAGGCAGCUCCCUUACAUAGUUCACAAAUACGAUAUCCCGAAGUCCAUCGGUGAUUGCAAGAACAAGCUGAGGGAGGAAUUCUUGAAGCACAAAGACUUAACUGAUGUCAGGGUCAUUGAUAUGUUGGUCAUCAAAGGACAAAUGGAAUUGAAGGAAACUGUGAACAUUUGGAAGCAGAAGGGACAUAUCAUGACCUUCUUCAAAGACACAGAGGAACCCAAACCCACAGAUUUCCUAUCGAAAUUCCUUACCAACACAAACUAAAAGUUUGCAAUAGGAAAUUCUAUAGUCAGUUGAUGUAAAUAAGAAUAAACAGAUGUAAGAAUAAUAAAAAAAAAACAAAUCA